GUCCCCAAGGCCCUAUCCCCCUCCCUCCCAAAAAGGACCCAUGCCGCCCCGACAGCCUCCAUAUCAAACUUCUUGUUCCCGCCCUGCUUCUCAAUUCCAACCACACAAUCUACAACUACCUACGUAAACUUCCGGGGUCCAAUGUCAUCUUCUGUGUGCUUGCGCAAACCCCGCAGAAAAGCUGACUUUGGACAAAUCUUAGCUCCCUCAAGCUCAAUUGGCCCGUUUGCAGUACGUAGACGGCAAUCAGCUCUACCUCUAUACGCAUUGUCGUCGUGUUGUGCGUAGAUGAAAUUACAAUACAACAACCAAUUACUUCUACUUUACUUUUAACAUUUGUCUUUUAGACUGACCGACCGCAACUUUAAAAUCAUACAAUCUCUUCUUCCUCUUCCUCUUCUUCUUCUCUUUUUCUUUCCCACUGCGAUCGACUCCUUUCGACCCCGCAUCCCCAGGUAAAAAAAAAAAACCAUCGAGUCCUCGUAGUUCGGGAUCUUGAUGGCAUAUUUCUUGUUAGCAGGAGACGCUAUUGUAUCGCGACCACGCCGAUGACUCUGGUCCUCAUUACGAGGCCAUUGUCUGAAGCUUCCCCCGCAAUACAGCUUCUGCUGCUAAAUAAGUAAGCCAUGCCAGCUGACUCUAAGUUCCAAGAUGUCACCAGCUCCACGAUCCCGACUCGGACCAUGUUUCAGCUCAGCGGUGGAAGUGAGAAAUCCCGGAGGUGGAUAAAACGUUAUCGAACCGAGACGGCUGCGAGCACUGCUAGUGUUAUGUCUACCGUCACUGCUUUCCCUCUCGAUAGUGUAAAAACCCGUAUGCAGACCUACCCUUAUGCAGGUGCGGUGGAUUGUAUACGCGUUACGUACAAGUCGGAGGGGAUUCGAGGUUUCUUUCGAGGUGUAACUGCUCCCUUAGCCAGUGUUACUCUUGUACGAACUAUUUCUUUCUCCAUCUACCAACGCUCCAAAUACGUUUAUUCCGACUGGAUGAAGAAGCACCUCGGCUUCUGUCCACUCGAACAUGUCAAUAAGAAUGGCGCAUACCCGAAUCUAGGUACUAUUGCUUGCUUCGGGGCUGCUGGGGCCACAGCUGGCUCUGGCAUUACUUUUAUUGCAUGUCCUUUCGAGUUAACUAAACUCAGCGCCCAAGUGUCCGUUCUCAUGGCGAAGCAGAAGAAUGCAGAUCCGCAGCGACAAGCUAUCGCCCUCAGUUAUCAUAACAAAGGAACUUUUAAAACUCUUGCGAAUAUAGUCAAGCAUAGAGGCUUUAGUGGAAUGUAUACCGGACUAAAUCUGCACUUGCUGAGAGAUACCCUUGGAACGGGAAUCUAUUUUGCCACAUAUGAAAGCAGCAAACAGCUGUUAACAACAUUCAGCGGAAAGGAUGCUCAUAAGAAUCCAAUUGCCGUGCUUGUUGCCGGGGCUCUCUGCGGCAUAGUAUCGUGGGCUUUGAUCUAUCCCAUCGAUUCCGUUAAGAGCAUCUACCAGAGAAAUGCGUUAAUGUACUCUAAAGGUCAAAAAGUACCCAUCCCGAAGAUCCAGUUUUUCAGGCGCGAUAUGUAUCGCGGACUUGGUGUAUCUAUGGGCCGGUCCGCGGCUGUCAACGCUGUGUUCUUUUCAGCGUUUGAAUUUUUCAAAAAGCGAAUCAACGCCAUGAAGGAUGUUGACUAAGUAUUCGUGGCUGUGGGUUAAUCGGCUAUUGUACGAUCUUCAGGUACGAUAAAAACAUAGUUGAUAUGGCGUUGGUAAGUGCUAUUUGACACACUUCACGCCCUGGAUGAGCAUGUCAACCGGAAAGGGGGGGACAGCUAGGUAACAUAUUUCGCGGGCAAAUCUCACAACAAAUCCUGGGGUCUAUUACUGGAAUAGCACACACUACUGCCAAGGUGGCACACAACAGGCACACAGGACAAUUUUAGCA